AUGAUGGAAACCUACCUGAAUCUCAAAAGUAUAGGAUAUAAUAAAGACCAUCAUCUUGAAGAACAUUGCCAAAGUAGAAGAAGACAUGAAAGACUGAGUAAUCUUCAAUGUCAUAAAAGAACAUAUAGUGGAGAGAAACCUUAUAAAUGUAGUCAAUGUGGUAAAGCCUUUGCAAGACUUUGUUAUCUCCAGUCUCAUAAAAUAAUACAUACCGGAGAGAAACCUUACAAAUGUAGUCAAUGUGGAAAAUCCUUUGCACAGCACAGUACUUUACAAUAUCAUAAAAGGACACAUACUGGAGAGAAACCUUAUGAAUGCAAUGAAUGUGGUAAAGCUUUUGGAAGACCCAGUCAUCUCCAAAGACAUAAAAUGACACAUAAUGGCGAGAAACCUUUUGAAUGUAAUCAAUGUGGUAAAACCUUUGCAAUACUGAGUAAUCUCCAAUGUCAUAAAAGAAUACAUACUGGAGAGAAACCGUAUAAAUGUAGUCAAUGUGGUAAAACCUUUGCACACCAAAGUACUUUCCAAUAUCAUAAAAGAACACAUACUGGAGAGAAACCUUAUGAAUGCAAUCAAUGUGGUAAAUCUUUUGCACAGCACAGUACUCUCCAGCAUCAUAAAAGAACACAUACUGGAGAGAAACCUUAUGAAUGCAAUCAAUGUGGUAAAGCUUUUGCACAGCACAAUACUCUCCAGUAUCAUAAAAGAACACAUACUGGAGAGAAACCUUAUGAAUGCAAUCAAUGUGGUAAAGCUUUUGCACAGCACAGUCAUCUCCAAUAUCAUAAAAGAACACAUACUGGAGAGAAACCUUAUGAAUGCAAUCAAUGUGGUAAAUCUUUUGCACAGCACAGUACUCUCCAGUAUCAUAAAAGAACACAUACUGGAGAGAAACCUUAUGAAUGCAAUCAAUGCGGUAAAGCUUUUGCACAGCACAGUACUCUCCAGUAUCAUAAAAGAACACAUACUGGAGAGAAACCUUAUAAAUGUAAUCAAUGUGGUAAAGCCUUUUCAUUUCAGAGUAGUCUCCAGAGACAUAAAAGAAUACAUGCUGGAGAGAAAACUUAUGAAUGUAAUCAAUGUGGUAAAGCAUUUUCAUAUCACAGUGAUCUCAAAAGACAUAAAAUGACACAUACUGGAGAGAAACCUUAUGAAUGUAAUCAAUGA